CAACAACUGACUACUGAAUCUGGGAUUCCCGCCAAAAGUAAAAUUGAAUGGAUGUUCAUAAUACUCCGGGUGAAUUAUAUAGAAAGGGGAUUUUCGAAAUCUACGGAUUCUCCGGGUGAAUUCAGAGUUCAGAAGGGCAGUCUUCGAGCUCCGCUCUGCUUCGCCGUCUUUUCUCUUUCUCUGGAUUCUAGGGUUUCUGUUUCGAGGCUGGGUUUGCCCAUUUUCGUAUCAUCGCCGGCAGCAUGUUGUCCACUUCGACGGCGAAAGUCGCCGCACCUAACCCGUCCUCUCAUCUUUCUCCCCAUACUCCUCCUGCUACCACUACUUGCGCCACUCUCCUCCGAGAAUUGCAGGAAAUAUGGGAUGAAAUAGGGGAAAGUGAAAAUGAGAGGGACAAGAUGCUUCUUCAGCUUGAACAGGAAUGCCUUGACAUUUACCGAACUAAGGUGGAAAAAACUAGGAAAUAUAAAGCUGACUUGCACCAGUCUUUAGCAGACUCUGAGGCUGAAAUUGCUACAGUAGCUUCUGCUCUAGGGCAACGUGUUCCAUUGUAUGAAAAUAAGGGAAAUAUAAAGGAGAAAAUUUCCAACAUACAUCCUGUAUUAGAGAACUUGAGGUUAAAGAAACAAGAAAGGAUGCAAGAGUUUCUGGACACAGAAAUGCAGAUUGCACAGAUCUCUGCAGAGAUAGCCGGAAAUGACCAAGUUCUUAGUGCUGCUAAGAUUCAAGUUAAUGAACUGGAUUUGACAAUGAAGAAAUUGCAAGAACUAAAAUUGCGCCUUCAGGAUCUUCAGUCAGAAAAGAGGCUUCGUUUGCAACAAGUUAAUGGCUACACAAGUACAAUUCAUGAUUUUUCAGUUGUCAUGUCACUUGAGUUUGAGACUAUAUUAAGUGAUAUUCAUCCAAGUUUACUCGGUGGGCUAAAUGCUCAACCAAAAAGCAUAAGCAAUGAGACUCUUGCCAGGUUAACCGGUGAAGUUACUUCACUAAGGCAAAUGAAGCAACAAAGGUUAAAGAAGCUUCAAGAUCUGGGUAGCACUCUAUUGGAGCUUUGGAACCUUAUGGACACACCCAUUGAGGAGCAACAGAAAUUUAACCAUGUCAUUUGUUUGAUUUCUUCCUCUGCGGAUGAGGUGAUGAAUCAAGGAUCCCUUGCCAUUGAAGUUAUUGAGCUGGCUGAAGUUGAAGUUGAGCGUUUAACUGCCCUAAAAUCUAGCAAGUUGAAAGAGCUGAUCCUUAAGAGGCAAAAUGAGCUCGAGGAAAUCUACAAGAGUGUUCAUGUGGAUGUAGACAGUGAAACAGCUAACCAAAUACUAACAAGGCUUAUGGAAUCUAGUGAUCUGACUGACCUCCUCUCAAGUAUGGAUCGUCAGAUUGCUAAAGCUAAAGAGCAAGCUCUGAGCAGGAGAGAUAUCCUGGAUAAGUUGGAGAAAUGGAAGCACGCAUCACAAGAGGAAAAUUGGCUUGAUGAAUAUGAAAAGGAUGAAAACCGCUACAGUGCUGGGAGAGGGGCUCACAUUAAUCUGAAACGUGCAGAGAAGGCCCGAGCCCUUGUGAGCAAGAUACCAUCCCUAGUAGAAAACUUGAUAGGGAAAAUAAAAGCUUGGGAGGUAGAGAAUGAAAUGCCAUUUUUAUAUGACAAGGCCCCCUUGCUCCGUACAUUAGAGGAGUAUACAAUAUUGCGGCAGGAGAAACUGGAAGAAAAGCGCAAAAACCGGGAACAAAAACGACUCCAAGAGCAGUUUGUUGCUGAACAUGAAGCUCUCUACGGUUCAAAGUCCACAGGAAAGAAGCCUCUGGGUCAGAACACAAGUGCUAACAUGUGCACACCAAGUCGCCGUGGACCAGUAUCUGCUCGGCAUGUAGUGCCCUCUGCUGUUAAGGAAAGGAGAGAUUGUGUCAAAGCUGCUGCUGUCAUUCCUAUAAACUAUGUAGCUCUUUCAAAAGAUGAUCACAUGUGUAGGGAGAACUGAUGAAGUUUUUAGCUUGAAAGUGGUAGUACAUCUGCA